CUGCUUCUCUCCUUCUUUCCACCGCCACCAAAAAGGUUUUUUUUUGGAGAACAACAAGCUAUUGAACUUGGACAGAAGCAUUGCUGACUGAUCAUAAGCUAACAAAACAGUGAGAAAUUCCAGGUUUUUACUAUGCCUCCUAAAAAGUAUGAAUCUGGAUGUGAAAAGCGUAAGAGAAAGAAAAGAAUUGAAAAGUUAAUUCAAUCUCAAAAAGGAGCUCUUAAUAAGUUUUUGAUAAAAGAACCGCAACAAAUUCCUAUUGAAAAUGAAAAUGUUGAUAAUGUUGAUGUUGGAGUUCUUGAAAAUGUGGUUACUGUUCAAGAUAUUGAGAAUGAAAGUGUUGAUCCGGAAAAUAGAGAUGAUGUGCCCAUUGUUGAUGAUGUUAAUUUGAAUAAUUUCCUUGAUAUAUUUGAUCCAAGAAAUUGGGAUGCUCUUGAUUCUAAAAUGAUUGACUUAUUAGCUAUGAAUGGUCCUAAAAGAGAUUUGUCCGUUGUAAAGGGUCCUAGAGAUAAACUGUCUAGACGUUUUACGGCUAAUUUGUAUACUAGAGUUUUACCAAAUGGAGAGAAGUGUGAUAGAGAUUGGCUUGUUUAUUCCAAAGAGCUUGAUAGAGUAUUUUGUUUUUGUUGUAAAGUUUAUAAAAGAUGGGUUGGUAAUGGUCAAUUAACAAAUGAGGGUUUUAGUGAUUGGUCACAUGUUAGUGAAAGACUUAGAGAGCAUGAGACAAGCAUGGAACAUGUUAAGAACAUGACUACUUGGUAUGAGUUGCGUCAAAGGAUGCAGAAGAAUCAAAUUAUUGAUAAAACAUCUCAAAGACUACUCCAGAAAGAAAAGGAUCAUUGGAUAAAUGUUUUGAAAAGAAUUAUUUCAAUAGUGAAAUUCCUUGCUAAAUAUAAUUUGGCCUUUCGUGGUUCUAAGGAGAAAUUGUACGAAAGUAGCAAUGGUAAUUUUUUGGGCUUAAUUGAAAUGUUAGCUGAAUUUGACCCAAUUGUCCAAGAACAUGUUAGACGUAUUACACAUGAUGAUCUCCACUUUCAUUAUCUUGGGCAUAACAUCCAAAACGAGUUAAUACUCUUGCUUUCUUCUGGAAUUAAAACUGAAAUCAUUAGAAGAAUCAAACAAGCAAAGUAUUUCUCAGUGAUACUUGAUUGUACGCCUGAUGUUAGUCACCAAGAGCAAAUGUCUUUGAUAAUAAGAUAUGUGGAUGUUUCUUCAAAUUCUGUAAGCAUUGAGGAAUCUUUUUUAGGAUUUUUGAAUGUUAAUGAUACAACUGGUCAAGGGCUUUUUGAUGUUUUACAAAAUGAAUUGAAAAAUCUUAAUCUUGACAUAUUUGAUGCGCGAGGACAAGGUUAUGAUAAUGGGUCAAAUAUGAAAGGAAAACAUCAAGGUGUACAAAAGAAAUUUUUAGACAUUAAUUCGAGAGCCUUUUAUACUCCUUGUGGUUGCCACAGUCUUAAUUUGGCAUUGUGUGAUAUGGCUAACUCUUGUACCAAAGCUAAAGAUUUCUUUGGAGUUGUUCAACGCAUUUAUACAAUUUUUGCCAAUUCUAUUAAGAGAUGGCAAAUUCUAAAAGAUAAUGUAAAAGGGUUGACUCCAAAAUCACUCUCAUCCACUCGGUGGGAAAGUCAUGUAGAGAGUGUCAAAGCUAUAAGGGCUCAAAUGUCAGAUUUUAGAGAAGCUUUACUUGAAGUAUCAGAAAAGGAUCCUGAUUCUAAAUUAUGUUCUGAAGCCAAGUCCUUAGCAACAAAUGAGCUUGGUGAUUUUGAGUUUUUGAUGGCUAUAAUUAUUUGGUUUGAAAUUUUAUCGGCAAUUAAUUCGGUUAGCAAGCUUUUACAAUCAAAGGCUAUGCUUAUUGAUGUUGCUCUUGAAAAAAUAAAGGGGUUGAUUUAUUUUUUUGAGGGAUAUAGAGAUAAUGGUUUUCAUAAUGCAUUGGCUAAUGCUACGGAAAUCGCUAUUGAAUUGAAUAUCGACCCAACAUUUCCUCAAAAACGUAUAAUUCGAAGAAAGAGACAUUUUGAUGAGGAUUUGAAUACCCCAUCAGUUGAGCUAUCUGGAGAGGAAGCUUUUAGGAUUAAUUAUUUUAAUUGCCUUGUUGAUCAAGCUGUUGUUUCUCUUAAUAAGAGAUUUGAGCAAUACAAAGAGUAUGAAACUAUUUUUGGUUUCUUGUUUACUUCUCACAAGUUACAAUCGUUGGACAAUGCAACUUUGAAGUCUUGUUGUAGUCAUUUUGAGCAGGUGUUGAAACAUAAUGAGGAAUCUGAUAUUGAUGGGAAUGCAUUAUAUGUGGAGUUGCAGUUACUAAGACAAAUGUUGCCUGGAGAAAAAAAAGGACCUGUUGAUAUAUUAAGAUUCUUGACUGACAUGGAUUGUUUUCCUAAUACAAUCAUUGCAUAUAGAAUUUUAUUGACUAUUCCUGUGACAGUUGCUUCAGCAGAAAGAAGUUUUUCAAAAUUGAAGUUGUUGAAGUCUUACUUGCGAUCUACCAUGUCACAAGAAAGACUUAAUGGAUUAGCAUUGAUAGCAAUUGAGAAUGAUAUUUUGGAGAAAAUACAAUAUGAAGACUUGGUUGAUGAAUUUGCUUCAAAAAAUGCUGCAAGAGUGGCUCGUUUUAAGUAG